UCAUCUGCUGGUGUCUUUCUGUAAAAGUCGGUCCUGUUAUGUCCAUGAUCUGGGCUGUUGCUGCUAUUUCUUUGGCGCUUCUUGGGAUAACCGACCUAGGAUGAGGAUCACUGAUUCCGCGGUGAUUGUGAUUUUAGCCGCCGCGCUGUGGACCGUCAGCGGGUUUGACGCCGGGCAAGCCCCUUGUACCACUCUGGUCCAGGGGAAACUAUUCGGCUACUUCUCCUCUUCAAUGGUCUUUGCUUCCAACAACUCAGUCUGCUCCUGGAUUAUCCAAAACCCCGACCCGAGGAGAUACACGCUGUACAUGAAGGUAGCCAAGACCAGUAAUAUCUGCGAGAGACAUCAAAUACGCACCUAUCAGUACGAUUCCUUUCUGACAAGCACCCGCACCUACUUGGGCAUGGAGAGCUUCGACGAAGUGCUGAGGCUCUGCGACUCCACGGUCCGUUAUGCCUUCCUUCAGUCCAGCAAGCAGUACCUGCAGAUGAAGCAGGUUUCAGGGGGAGUCAGUGGCCGGGCAAAGGGGAGAGGUGGCAGGAUCAAGGACAAGGAGUUCUCGGCCGAAUAUUUAGUGGUGGGGAACAGAAACCCCAGCAAAGGGGCUUGCCAGAUGCUCUGCAAGUGGCUGGAGACCUGCCUGACCAUCAGUACCAGCGCCCGUCCCUGCGGCAUCAUGCAAACCCCUUGCCACUGCUCCAGGGCCGAGAGCAUGGGUCAGUCCACCGAAAUGUUGGGCUUGAAUAAAAAGGGAGACAGCUGCUUGAAAGACGGCGUCUACUUGGAGCAUUGCAUCAAGAAUCCCAAAGACAGCAUCGAUGCGGAUUCCCCCGGUGGCUGGAAAGCCUGGUCGUCUUGGGGUGACUGUACCAAGUCGUGUGGGGGUGGAUUGCAGACCCGAAGCAGGACCUGCCAUUCCCAGUUAGAGGAAGGGUUUGUUUGUGAAGGAAUUUCAGAAGAAGGAAGAUUAUGCAAUAAACAGCCUUGUAAUACAUAUGGACGCUAUAGUUCCAGAAGCCAAUCACUGAGGUCAAUAGACUACAGGAAACAUCAAGAUGUUGACGGUUUCCAUCGCUAUGGAUACUCCUUAUCUCAGACUGUCCACGGUGUCUGGGAAGAAUGGUCACCAUGGAGCUUGUGCUCUUCCACAUGUGGUAGGGGUCACCGAGAUCGCACCCGUUCCUGUAUACAGCCCCAGUUUGGAGGGAAUCCUUGUGAAGGACCUGAGAAGCAAACAAAGUUCUGCAACAUUGCACUCUGUCCUGUGGAUGGGAACUGGAAUGAUUGGUCAAGCUGGAGUCAGUGUUCCACCACCUGUUCAAAUGGGACUCAACAGCGGACAAGGGAAUGCAAUGGUCCUUCCUUUGGAGGAGCUGAAUGCCAGGGCUACUGGUCUGAAAAUAGGCCUUGCUUUCCAAGGCAGUGUCCAGUGGACGGAAAAUGGCAAAAAUGGACCAGUUGGGAACCAUGCACCAAAAGUUGUGAUGGUGGAACACAGCUUAGAGUGAGGGUCUGCUCUGGACCGUUUUACGGAGGACUACAGUGUGAUGGACCUCAAGAGGAAUAUAGAUUGUGCAAUGACAAAAAAUGUCCAGAACCUCAUGAAUACUGUCAGGAGGAAAAUUACAACUCAAUGGUAUGGACAAAGACAGCAGCAGGCGAGUCUGCAGUGGUCAGCUGCCCACCAAGUGCUGCAGGAAUAAUCCUGAGAAAUUGUCUCCUAGAUGAUGAGGGAAUCGCAUUUUGGGAACCUCCAAGCUUUACCAAAUGUGUUUCCAAUGACUACCAGAUGUUGCAGUCAGAGACAAGGGAACACCUGUCUAAGGCCCAGCGAGGGCUAAUCGGUGAUGGAGUAUCAGCAAUUAUACGAAAGCUGGCAGACACUUCCGAGGGAGGAACCAGCUACAGUGGAGACAUCCUAGCCUUAAUUGACAUUUUGAAGAACAUGACAGAAAUCUUCCGUAGGACUUAUUACACUCCCGUCUCUGGAGAUAUCCAGAAUUUUGUUCAAAUAGUGAGCAAUUUAUUAUCAGAAGAAAAUAGACCAAGAUGGAAAGAAGCUCAGCUGACUGGACCAAACUCAAAGGAAGUGAUGCAAACUGUUGAGAAUUUUAUUGACGUUGUUGGUUUUCGAAUGAAUGAUUUCAGGGACUCCUAUCUCGUCACUGAAAAUCUAGUGAUAUGCAUUUAUAAACGCCCAGCCAAUGGGGCUACAGAUAUCAAUUUCCCCAUGAAAGGAUGGAGAGGGAUGGUUGACUGGGCGAGGAAUUCUGAAGAUAAAGUCACUAUUUCAAGAAGCAUAUUUUCCAAGGGGGGAUCAACAGAACCGGAUGAUUCUUCAGUUUAUGUGAUAGGAACUGUCCUCUACAGAAACCUGGGGACAUUUCUGGAUCUUCAAAGAAAUGCCACAGUGCUGAAUUCAAAGAUAAUCUCUGUUAUUAUAAAGCCUUCUCCAAAAUCUUUAUCCAGCCCUUUGGAAAUUGAAUUUUCUCAUCUAUACAAUGGCACCACAAACCAGUCAUGCAUUGCAUGGGAUGAGACAGACACUCUUGGCGUACAUGGGGUCUGGUCGAGCCGCGGCUGCAAGACGUUCCCCAUCGACUCGUCACGUACAAAAUGCAAGUGUGACCGACUCUCCAGGUUCGCCAUUUUGGCUCAGCUCUCUCCAGAUUCGAACAUGGACAAAGUGAUUCUACCUUCAGUCACUCUGAUCGUUGGUUGUGGAGUUUCCUCAUUGACUCUCCUGUUGUUAAUAAUAAUUUAUGUAUCUGUCUGGAGGUAUAUACGGUCAGAGCGGUCAGUAAUUUUAAUAAACUUCUGCCUGUCAAUCAUUUCAUCAAAUGCACUCAUCCUGAUAGGACAAACUCAGACAAGAAAUAAAGUGAUCUGUACCCUUGUCGCAGCAUUUCUGCAUUUCUUCUUCCUGUCAUCAUUCUGCUGGGUCCUGACAGAGGCCUGGCAGUCAUACAUGGCCGUCACAGGAAGAUUGCGAAACCGAAUCAUUCGGAAGCGUUUUCUUUGUCUUGGAUGGGGACUUCCAGCCCUUGUUGUGGCAACAUCUGUUGGAUUCACCAAAUCGAAGGGAUAUGGCACAGUAAAUUAUUGCUGGCUUUCCUUGGAAGGUGGUCUCCUCUAUGCCUUUGUUGGACCUGCAGCCGUUGUUGUUUUGGUGAACAUGGUUAUUGGCAUUCUGGUAUUUAACAAACUUGUUUCGAAAGAUGGAAUAACAGAUAAGAAACUGAAGGAACGGGCAGGUCAGAUGACAGUUCCCCUUUACGGUAUGGCGCUCAAAUGUUCCAAGUGUGGAGUUAUAUCUUCAGCUGAAGUAUCGGCUACAGUCACCAGUAAUGCCAUGGCAUCUCUUUGGAGCUCUUGUGUUGUUCUCCCACUUUUAGCUCUGACUUGGAUGUCUGCCGUUUUGGCCAUCACAGAUCGAAGAUCAGCCCUCUUUCAAAUCCUCUUUGCUGUCUUUGACUCUUUGGAAGGCUUUGUCAUUGUAAUGGUCCACUGCAUUUUGAGAAGAGAGGUUCAGGAUGCAGUGAAGUGUAGAGUUGUAGAUCGUCAAGAAGAGGGGAAUGGAGACUCUGGGGGAUCAUUUCAAAAUGGACAUGCACAGUUAAUGACUGACUUUGAAAAGGAUGUAGAUAUGGCAUGCAGAUCAGUUUAUCAAGGUGAAGGAUGUCAGCGCUGGGGAGUGGAUCACUUUUCUACUUUGAGAAAGCAGUGUCAGGAUCAAGCACUCCCAGUUUUAAAUAAGGAUAUCAAUGCGGUCAGAACAGGAACGCUCACAGGAACACUGAAGCGCUCGAUGGUCCAUGAAGAUGACAUGAAAAUGAAAUUCAGCCAUCAGAAGUUAUCUGGCUUCUCAAGUCUUCCAGCAAAUGUGUCGAAAAUGCAUCUCCAGGGAUCGCUGAACUAUCCAGGAUCAUUAAACAUGAAUGAGUUUAGCGACCACACCUUGAAAAUAAAUAAGAGUGAACAACCAAAAUCAAUAUAUAUAUGUGACGGUGACAUUUUCAAGCAGUUAGACUCAGAACUAGCACGAGCACAGGAACCAGUGAUAGAUACUAACUAUGUUAUUCUGCCCACCAAUACCUCAACCCUGAGGGCCAAACCAAAAGACGAAAGCAAAUAUAACAUUAACAUUAGUCAACUGCCCCAGACUAGACUUAUUCAUCUCAAUGCAGACAGUGGGUUUUGUGCAAAAAACACCCCAAUGGAUCGCAUCAAUAUUUCUUGCAAUGAAAGGGCUUCUCCUGGCCACCAGACACAGAGUGCUACAAACGAAGCCCAACCUCCCAAUAACCUGUGCGAUGCAGGUGAUUCAGGGAACUCGGGGAUGGUGUCCAAAAGCGAGACAGUUUCUACACUAUCCACAAGUUCGUUGGAGAGCCCCAAAUCCCAGAAUAAUCCUAGUCGCUCCUCCCUGAACUCUCUCCAAUGUGUCAGUGUACCAUUGAAGAGAAGAAAAUCUAGAUAUGCUGAAUUAGACUUUGAGAAAAUAAUGCACACAAGGAAACGGCAUCAGGACAUGUUUCAGGAUCUAAACAGGAAACUUCAGCAUGCUGAGAAAGAUAGAGAAUCUCCAACAGUAGACAACAAAGCAGUGAAACGAUGGAGUGUUUCAUCAGCAGGAAGUGAUAAAGCCAGUCUCAAUCAGCAGGAGAAGCAGACUCCAAUCAAGCGGCCUUGGGAAGGGAUCCGAAAAAUACAAUCUCCACCCACAUGGAUAAAAAAGGAACUGGAUCCCACUCAACAGUCUCCCUUAGAAAUGAGAACAGUGGAAUGGGAGAAAACAGGAGCCACGAUACCACUUGGUGGACAGGACAUCAUUGACCUUCAGACUGAAGUCUGAUCUGAGGAGCGACCUUUUUUUUAAAUUUUAAAACAGAUUGGUUUCUUUUGAAACCUUAUACAGUACAGAUAUCUUGUUCUCAGAGAGAUAUUGUUUUAAACCUUGUGAUGCAGUCAGCGUCGUGUUGUCUCACUGCGGUGAGAAAACACGCUAGCGAACACAGUACUCGUAGUCCAGAAACUCUUAUCAAAGACAGUAAUGGGCAAAAAUAUAUAUAUAUAUAUAUAAAUAUAUAUAUAAAUAUAUUAAAAAACAAGUAACCAGUUUAGUGUUGAUUGCUUGAUAUGCAAGCAUUUUUUGCAUCAAAAUUUAAUGGCAUUUUCUUGUCAUAUUGUGUAUUAUAUUAAAAAAAGAAAUUUCGAACAGUAAAUACAAUGAACAUACUUAAAAACUGUGAUGUACCUGUCAAGAUUUUAGAUAUAUAAAUUGAAAGCACAAGGCCUUGGCUGCCCUGCUGUAUAAUAUGUAAUUAUGACACUUAUUGACUUUUAGCUUAAAUAUCUUUCUACUGUGUUUAAUUUUCCUGUUAAGUUAACAAACUUUAACAGUGUUAUGUACAAUAACAGAGUAAAGCUAAUGUUAUGCCAUGUGUUUAAUAAUCGUUGACCUACAAGAUUCUACUUUUAUGGUUGGUUAAACUGGUUCUGGUUUCCUAUAUCCAUGUUUGUCAGUUUUCUGUACAGUUUUCAGAGCACAAAAUGAAUGUGUCCUUUCUAAUAAAAAUGUAAACUAUA